CUGUUCCAUUCAUUUCUCAAACCCCUCUUCAAAUUUCAUUUCUUCUCUCUUUAAAUUCAAUCUCAGCUGUUUCUGCAACUUUUUCAGCAAUCCCACCGCCGCCGCCGGCAGAAGAUUCUUUUGCAGUCGGCAGCCUAUAUUCUGCAAAGAAUUAGGCUGUGUGUUCUCAGCUUUUCAUUUAAUUUAAUUAAAGAUCAUAAUCAUUCACCUCUUUUUAUAGCCACACAAUCCCCAUGAGCCGGAGUCAAGAACCGGGGCUAUGAAAGGCGAGAUUGUGCCGAUCGGCGGCGGCGGCGGCGGCCGGGUUUCCCGCGCCGCCGGGCGGAAGGACCGCCACAGCAAGGUCCACACCGCCCGGGGGCCGAGGGAUCGCCGCGUGCGCCUCUCGGCGCACACGGCGAUCGGGUUCUACGACGUCCAGGACCGGCUCGGCUACGACCGGCCGAGCAAGGCCGUGGACUGGCUCAUCAAGAAGGCCAGGGCGGCCAUCGACGGGCUCGAUCUGUCGUCCGCGUCCGUCUGGGGCGGCGAGUCAAACCCUAGCUCCAGCGACCUGGCGCCGCUGGAGCAUCAGUCUCAAGUUGUUGGUUUCGACAGUGAUCCUUCUCAGGGAUUCUCUUUCUCUCUCCAGAAGCUCCAGGCCGGAAACCGAGAGAAUUCCGAUGUCCCGUUGCACGGGAAUUUCUGUAGAAUCGACGGCGGCGGCGGCGCAGUUUUCGCGCAAGAUCAAAGGGAACUACUUCAGUCCAACACGGUGGCGAGUCCGUGGAAUCAGAUGCCGUUGAUUUCAGGGAUUCGCCCCGAUCACGAUCACAGUCAUCCACAGCUUCCGCCUCAUGGCGCUUUCAAGCUCGGAUUUCGUGUUCCGGCUCGGAUUUGCGGAGAGGAAGAGGAUCAUCAAUCAUUCUGAGCCUUAAUCAGUUCUUGUGCUCUAAUAAAUAGGUAAAAAAAAAAUUGGAUGAAGAAUUUUCAUGUUCAUUUAAAGCUUUUUUGCUGCUUUUUUUCUUUGAUUUCUGCUAAUAAUUUUAUUGACAUUUGUUAGAUUUGAUUUCUAGAUGCAUAAUGAUUGAACAACUGAUAUGUUUUCUUGUAAGAAUCUUGCUUCUGAGUUGUUACUUUCAUUA